AUGUAUGACAUAUAUUACCCCAGUUUUUACAACAUUGGAAAGUUGGGCUGCUCUGAUCCUGUGAAAAUAAGUACCACAUUUAACGUUUAUAUCGAAUUAUGCGAAGCAAAGAAAUAUUGGGAAGUCAAUUACAAAUAUAACGAAAGCUUAGAUUUAUUGUAUUUGGAAGUAAAAAGAAGGAAAAGUUCUCAGCUAGAACUAUUUGUACCUUGGCCGGCGUUAUCUAAUAUUUCUCUCGAUAAAAUUGAAAAAAUACAGGAAGCUUUAAAUGUUGAAAAGGUAUCAUUUGUUUUUAAAGCUGAAGACAGCACAAGUAUUAUUUAUAGAGUUAGUAAAGGUCUUGUGAAACCUAUGAGUCCAAAAGCAUCUAAAUUGAUGAAAGAGAAGGAAGAUAAGAAGUUAAAUUUAGAAAAAGAAAUAAGGAAAAAUACUUCAUACUUGUAUGAAUUAGCAAAAUCUUUAAAUACAAAAGAUACUGAUACAGACAUUGACCCUACUGCAAGUAGUAGCAGUCAAACAACAGCAUUUUCUAUGUUGACACAUUAUCUACUACUAAGUGAUUUAGUAAACAUUGCAAGUAUGAGGCACAUGCUGUUUCAUUACUGUCAGCUACAGAUAAAUGUAGUGAACAUUCUAAACUAA